CUCUCUCUCUAGACACUCCUCAUUUCGUUUUAUUUUUUUGACAAUUUUCUAUUUCGCUUUCUGUGUCUGCGUGUGCAAUAAAAACCCUAUUUUGCAGUGCCCUGCCUUCUCUCCCACCGUUCACUCUCUCUCUCUAAGAUUCAUUGCUCGGCUUUCCAUGGCGGCGGCGGGGGAAGGAACUUCCUCCUACGGAGGUGGCGGAGGAGCGGGCGGCAAGUUCCGGAAAAGGCCGUUACGGAGACCCCAGACGACGCCGUACGAUCGGCCGCCGACCGCCCUCGGAAACCCUAGAGACGGUUGGCUCUCGAAACUCGUCGACCCAGCCUCCAAACUCAUUUCCGCUAGCGCUCAAAUGUUCUUCUCCUCCGUGUUCCGCAAGCGCCUCCUCCCUCCUCCCCAACCCUCACCAGGGCCAAACCAAGAAUCAAGGGACACGCUUCAGAAUCCUCUUGGGGCUCAAGAAUCAGCCGUAAACAAUGGCGGCAAUUUAAGUAAUAACUCUAACAGUAGCAGAAUUUCUGAACUUGAGGAAAUGUUAAGGCAGAAGACAUUUACAAGAUCUGAGAUUGAUCGUUUGACAGAACUGUUGCAUUCAAGAUCUGUUGAUUUACCUGUGGGGAACGAGAACAGAAAGACUGAAGCAAAUCUUCCAAAGCCACCAUCUGCUUUUGAGAGGAAGGGCGAAUUUGCAAAUAGUCCAAUGCUAAAAACUGGGACUGAGAACUGUCGAUUACAUGGAGGCCUUUCUACUCCUAUUGUCAGUUCAAGAGUCCUUGAAGAGGAUGUUGCUUCACCUGCUGAGCUUGCAAAAGCUUACAUGGGAAGUAGGCCUUCAAAAGCAACAACGCCAAUGUUAGCUUUGCGCAGUCAAGCACCAAGGGAAGAUGCAACUUUGCUAAAUAGUAUACAAUUUUCUCCAAAAUCAUCCAUCAUGUCUCUGGCUCCAAAAUCUGCUUUACGUCUUGGGGUCACUGAAAAUGGGUUUAUCACCCCAAGGUCUCGUGGCAGAUCUGCAAUAUACAAUAUGGCGCGGACACCGUAUUCCAGGGUUUAUUCCACUGCUAACCAAAAGGGUGUCAAGUCAAUAAGUGAUGGUUUUGGUGAACCAUCGUCAUCAUCUCAGUAUGCAUGGGAGCAAGAUGGAUAUGUUGGAUCUAAACAAGUGGCACAUAAGCGUAGAAGUUCUGUCUUAGAUAAUGAUAUUGGAUCUGUUGGUCCCAUACGCAGAAUUCGACAAAAGACUAAUCUUCUCUAUCCUAGGAAUCUGAGCAUACCAGUGUCUGGAGGUCCAGUGGGAGUCAGUUCUGAUACGGCUGAACGUCCUUCAUGGUCAACAAAAAAACUGCUUUUAUUGGAUGAACCUAAUCAUAAAGUUUCAACAAUGCUAGGAGAAUAUGGGGAUAACAGCGUUCGUAGUACAAGUUUUACCCAUGUUCCUUCUAAAUCUACUGAGAUGGCUACAAAAAUAUUGCAGCAGCUUGAAAAGUUGAGCCCGAAGGAGAAAUCAUCCGAGGCCAGGCUAGCUGCUGAAAGGGAUAAAUCACCCACUAAGUUGAAACCAAGUGGAAAGGCUUUUAGAAGCCCGGAAGAUGUUGAUGCAUCAAGGUUUCUUCAGAAUGCCAAAGAUGGUCGUAAGUUGGAGGAUUCACACACCACCAGUUUACCUGAUGCUCGGGACUCUUCUUCUCAAAAGCAAGACAAAAUUGAAGAAAAUGACCCAAAAGCAUUGCGCAUUCCUUCUGACAUGUUAACUCCUGCAGUAAAUAGUGUGGAUGCUACAGUUCUAGUUAAAGAUGCUGUACCCAGUUUUAAAAAUACAGGUCCUGCAACUGCAAAUUUUGUCGCCUUACCUCCACAAAAGAAACGGGCUUUUCAGAUGAGUGCGCAUGAGGAUUCUCUGGAGCUGGAUUAUGAUGUACAUUCUAAUGGUGGCACCUCUAGACCAUUGAAAGGGAGAGAAAAACUGAAGACAUCUGUUGUGGAAAGCGAGGCCGUUGGUACUGAAACCGAAGCAGCAGACAAAAUAUCAGCUUCAUGUGAAUUCAAGCCUCCUGCAGGUUCUGAAUUCAGCCAAAGAACUGGUUUGGAGACUAAUAAUGGGUCUGUGGCGGGUGAGAAAAGCUUCGUCUAUACCUUCCCCCCUACAGUUGCUCCCAGCUCGACUCUCCAGCAAACUUUGCUUACUCCACAAUUAACUUCAGGAGUUGAUAAAAUUGUUCCAUUAAAAGAAGCAAGUGUUCCUCCUCCCUUGGUUAGUUUUGGUUCUAAAAAUGUUGAUAAAGUUCCACCAUUCGAAAUUCCUUUUUCAUCUCCUGCUAGUGAAUCUUCAGACCUCAAAUAUAGUGCUUUGUUGGACCCAAAACCAGAAGGCUCGAAUGGCUUUCUCAAUGUUGCCUCUGGUGCAACUGAUGCUGUCUCAGAAACUUCUGAGGCUGAAAAUUUUGAUGAUAAGAAUACUCGGAAUGCUGGAGACUUAACAGGAAAAUCUGGUAAAGUAUUUUCUUCUGCUUUAUCGAAUUCAUCGUCAACAAGCAGCAUUUUCUCCUUCGGUGCCCCUGCCAAUAAUUCAUGGCUAAAUAAUGGAUUACUUGCUUCAAGCCCCUCAAUAUUCUCUUCUGCAGCCCCAGUUCAAAAUUUCACGUCUUCCACCACCACCGUUGUCAUGAAUUCCACUAGCAUUGCCGCCACUACUACUGCCUCCAGUAGCAGUCUCACUAGCUCGGCUGCAGCCCCUUCAUUUUCUGCCACACCCAUUUUCGGAUCUGUUGCUCCGUCAACAUCAAUUGCAGCAGUAUCAACUUCUUGUGUGCAAAAUAUCAAUUUAAAAGCGAAUACAGAGGAUACAGCCUUUGCCAAUCUAACCAGCUCACCUUUUGGUACCACAUCUAAUGCAAUAAGCCCUGGGAGUAGCAUUUUUGGAUUCAGUGCUCCGGCCACUUUUUCAACUGCAAAAAAUCAGCCUCAGGGUUCUCCUUUUGGCAAUGGUGAUGGAUCUCUGGGUGGUGCACAGGCAUCUUCUGGUGGCACAUCUAGUGCAAUGACAUUAACAAGCACUGGAAGUAGCAUUUUUGGAUUCAGUGCUCCGGCCACUUCUUCAACUGCAAAAAAUCUGCCUCUGGAUUCUCCUUUUGGAAAUGGCAAUCGAUCUCUGGGUGGUGCACAGGCAUCUUCUGCUGGAACUGGUGUUGCAACUGCUACACAGACCAUGCCUGUUCAAUUUGGGUCAUCUGCCCCGUCUCCAGUAUUUGGCUCCACUGGACCUACUACUUUCACCUCAAGUACUCUAUUCAGUUCUUCAUCUUCUGCUGCUAAACUGUUCAGUUCAGGCAAUAGUUUUGGUCUGAGCUCUGCAGCUACAUCUUCCGAGGCCAGCUCUAGUAGUGGUGCUACAUCCAGCUUGUUUGGUUCCGGUUGGCAGCCCAUCAAGUCUCCCAUCUUCGGAGCAUCCUCUAGCAAUUCUCUAUAUAAUCCUCCUCCUCCAUCAACUGGAUUCCCCUUUGGAGCAUCCCCAGCUUCUGUUGCUGCCACAGACACUGCGCCCUCGAUGGCAUUUGGAUCAUCUAUUGGUGCGUCGUCAGGUUCCAUUUUCUCUUUCACCACAGCUGCUUCUAAUACCUCUUUUUUGACAUCCUUCUCCCAAACGCAGCCUGUGUUUGGUAACAAUAGUUCAGUCUUCACAGCUGUCUCUGGUAAUAGUGAUCAGAUGAACAUGGAGGACAGCAUGUCUGAGGACCCUGUACAGGCAUCCACACCUGCAGUGCCAGUAUUUGGUCAACCACCCGUCUCACCUCCAUCUGGCCUCGUGUUUGGUUCAUCAACCCCAUCAGCAACACCUCCUUUUCCAUUUGGUGGUCAACAGAAUCAAGCUACUCCGCAGAGUCCAGCUCAGUUUCAGGCAUCUGGAAGUUUAGAUUUCAGUGCUGGAGGGAGUUUCUCGUUGGGCACUGGUGAUAAGUCUAAUCGAAGGAUGGUGAGAGUUAAACGCAAUCCUAGGAAGAAGUGAAGACAUUGAACCUCACAGUAACUGGUUUCCUUGGCAGAGGCCAUGGUAAUAUUGGUAUAUGUGAAAAUUGUAUUUGAUGAGAAAUUAGCAGCCAGAUUUCGCUGUUUCUGUCAGCCACUUGGAAAUUCGUUGUGCUGGCAAAUGUACAUCAGGUUCUUCCGGCCUUGGAAAUUCGGUAAUUCUGUUUGCUCCUCCACAAAUUUUCAUUUUACCAGCAAAUUUUCCUUGUAAUGGAGGCAUAAAAUGUCACAAUUUUGGAUGUCUUUGUAGGGAACCCAUUGAUGUUUUUGUACUGUAUUACUAGUUGUUGCAAUACUUCAUAGGGUUGUGUUGGGUAAUUGUACUAUUGACCCUGUUUCAUGUACUUUUUUGUGUGUAACAUAAGAAGAAAUUAUAUGAAUCUUUUUUAGAAACA